AAUUUUUAGAGAAUCUAAAAUAAAUGGCCCUUACUAUAGAUAGCCCCCGAAUCUCUUGCUCCACUUGACAAAUUGCAACAGCUAGAGAGAACCGUGAGUCGCUCGCUUUUAACCUCAUGUACUUUCCUCACUCAGCACAUGAAAAAUUCAACCUUUGUUUCAGCUCUUCAACAUUCAAACUUUGAACUUUUCAGUCCCAUAUUUCAUUCUCGUAAAAAUUCAAACACAACAUAGCCUACACAAGAAAACCUAGUAGCUAGAAGAGACAAGACAACCUCAAAUAUAUAAAUCUUGCGUAGCAACUUUGAAUUUCAUGGCUUUUAUUUUAUGGUUUUUCCAUGAAUCAAAUCUAGCUAGUUAAUUAUGUUGAUUUGAUUUGAAAAUCAUGUCAAACAUACCAACCUCACUAUCUGAUAUUUGCCUCACACAGUUUCGCCUUGCCAUGUCCAUAGCAAACCCAUGGCCCUUCUCAUGAAUCCCAUCGUACACUAGCAUACCAUCAUCUUCCUCUUCUACGCUCUCUCGAAAACAUGGCAAAGAUUCACGGAUUUAAGCUCGGGAAGCGCCUUGUCUGGGUUUCCAGAUUGGUGUUUAAAAGGACCCGGAUUCGAGGUGGAUAUCAUCGCUUUGAUUGUCCUGCUCAAUCUCCAGCAAUGAAGUUUAUCAAAUGGGGCCGUAAGAUAACGACGGGUGCCAUGAAGCUUUUUAACAGGUCGAGUUAUACUCGGUUAGGAUCCAGCCCGAAAUUCAGCGUGCCGAAGGGACAAAUGGUCGUGUAUGUGGGACAUAAAGAGGAAGAGAUAAAUAGGGUUAUGGUGCCAGUGAUAUACUUUAACCAUCCAUUGUUUAGUGAAUUGCUUAAAGACGUUGAAGAGGAGUAUGGAUUUAACCAUCAAGGUGGGAUUACGAUACCAUGUAGGUUUACGGAGUUUGAACGGAUCAAGACCUGGAUUGCAUCAGGUUCCAGAAAUUGGACCAGUUGAAAAUAUGUAACGUUGUUAUGAUAUGGUGAUCAUGUAGAUAAUAGAAGAUGAAGUUGUGUUUGAUGUUGUUGUGUGUGCACGCUUAUACAUGUUUGGAUUGAUUUAUUUGAGUUUAUCUAUUAGUAUAAUUAAACACUGUGAGAGAAUUUUUUGUUUGAUAA